CCAUUAUAUUCUAUUGAAUAUGGUAUGUUCCAAAUAUCAGUUUGGUCAGGGAUGAACCAAACCGUUGCACGCCCUUAGAGCUAAGAAAAAGUAUACUAGUUACCGAAAAAGCACGCGGAGAUAACUUGACUCGACAAAGAGAAUAAUAUUAUGGCAUUUGCUAAGGUAAAAGUUAUUGAUUAGUUAGUAUAAAUUAAGGAUACUUGCUGUACGACUUUUAUGCACGUAUUGAAUUCGAGUCAUGUAUCGAGAAUCUUCAAAUCUUGUUUUCCUCUGAUUUAGUUUGUUUUCAUGGAGGAUAAAAUUUAUAAACUAAAGGAUACUUGUUGUACAACUCCUAUGUGCGCGCGUAUUAAAUAUGAGUCUAGUAUUUGACUACUAGACUUGCACUUUCAAAUCUUAAGUUCGAUCAAACUACAUACCGUCCAUAUUUGACUCGCAUUCCAAUGGUUAACGAUCAAAAUCCCUGCCAGAGUACUGUUUGUUGUUUGGUUAAUGAAAGUGGAGCACCAUAGCAAAAAUCAUAUUCAGACUCCACAAAAGCUCGGCUCAGUAGUCGUCUCCCGAAACUGAACCAGAAUUCUUCUAUAAUAAUAAGAGAGCUCAUUAAUAAAGAUCGUGACUUUCGAUAAAAAAGGUCACUUGUUCAAAUCUCCAUAUCGUCAUCGUCGAGAAUACCACUUACAUGGCUUUGACUUGCUUGUAGGGAUGGCAAUGGGGCGGGUUUGGGGCGGGUUUGCCUAAACCAUCCCCAUCCCCAUCUUCAAACACCCAAACCCAUACCCGCCCCAUACCCAUGCGGGGGAAUGUUUUUGGAAACCCAUCCCCAUACCCAUGGGUAAUACCCAUCCUCGUACAUCUAACAUUAUUAUACCUAAAACUUACAAGAAAAGUUUUAAUUAUAACCAUAAAUAAACCUAUAUAUCAUGAAGUCAACAAAACACGGUCAUUUUCUAAAUACGAUUCAAAGAAUAUGAUCCUAAAACAUCCAUUAAUACAUAAUAUAGACUAUAAUAUUUUUAAAUUAUUAUGCUCUAACUCUUGAUACAUUUACUAAGUAAUAAUUAACUAACAUAAUCUUGUUGACAAGUGGGAAAGUGAAAGAGUGGAAGGAGAAUUGAGGGAAAUGAAUUAGGUUUUGUUUAAGGUGAUUACUCAAUUGAAUUUCUACUAUUUAUUUUCUCGAGUUAUCAUCAUCAUCAUUGAUAGAUUACAAAUUAAUCCACAUAUUUUUUGGUAUGUGAAGAAAUUCUCUUGGUGUGGCGGGUAUGGGUAUGGGUAUGGGGCGGGGGAGGCUAAAACCAUACCCGCCCCAUACCCAUCAAACUUUUUGCGGGUUUUACCCAUACCCGCCCCAUACCCGAUCAAAGCGGGGAUUCCCCGCGUUGACUGGGUCGGGGGCGGUCGAAUACCCGCGGCCAUAGGUUUGAUUGCCAUCCCUACUUGCUUGUUGUCUUAACACGAAUUUAUCUUGUUUUCUGCUAAGUGUUCUCGUCAUAAACGAACAAAACUAAUUGGAACAAAAACUGCAAAGAGACGAACAAGGCUUCCCUCUUGUCAUCUUGUUCCCAAUAGCCGGCUGCCGGCGUCUUGAAUUUCUUUAUGGGGAAGAAAAAAGUUUGGAUCUUUUCGACAGGUUACAUCAGGGUUUCAGUUUUUUUGUUGUUGGUUCCUCGUUACUAUCUCUAAUCCAAUCCUUUCUCUUCCCAAUUCAUUUCAAUUCACAGCGCCAACAAACAAAAAAGGGACCAUCAAUGGCGAUAUCAGAAAUAACAGAGGAGGAACCAGAAGAUGGGUUUCUCAUCAACAAACAAGCACAGAAGGAGACGAUCAGAAGAAUGCUACAUCAUCAGAAAUUGCUCCUCCUCUCUUCCUCCACUUCAACAUCAUCUUCUUCCCUCACUUCUUCCAACCCAACUGAAGCUUCUCGUUCCUCGUCGUCGUCCUCCUCGUCUUCUCAGGAAAGCAAGAACAGCACCAGCUUGCUGGGUCUGAUGAAAAAUGGAAGCACGUCGCUGGGGAGAUUGUUUGGGAUGGAGCACACAACUCUGGCCGCACAUUUCCAUGACUACAGCUGUUCCUCCACGACGAAGACGAUCCCUCUGUGGGGGAGCGACGCAGAGGAUUCGAUUCGAGAGGAGGAUCCCUGGGAAUCCGUUAGAGGAUUUGGGAUGCAGGGCUCAGAUUCUAGUAGCUACCAAGAUGAUCAGUUGAGGGUUAAGGCUGCCAGUACUAGAAGAAGGAGGAGAAGUAGAAGAGGGAAAUUGAGCAGGAAAAAGUCAUUCAGGAAACUGCCCAGGUUUCCUUUCUGGAGGUGGAGGCUGAGAUUCAAACGGUUCAGGAUUUUGAUUUGUGGCAAAAUCUUCUGAACCAUAUACACUGUAGAAGAAUGUAUGAAAUUUGUACCCUAUUGAUUUCGAGUAAAACCUUUCUCGAAUUAAUUCUAAGCUAUGGGUUUUGAGAUUUAGAGGAGAUACAUUACAUCUUGUGAAAUGAAGAUAGUGGCUUGAUCAUAUUAGGAACCAGAAUCAUAUUAUUAUGUUGAUGCGGAUAAUAUCAACACGUGGAAAAUCGCCCUCCGGUUUAGCUCCCAGCCUCCCACUCAAUAAUUAUGUCAAAUGAAUGUAAUCAGAGAAUUUCAACACAAUAAACGAUCUUAUCAUAA